CACGGGAAGCAGGAAGUUUAGCUGGGGCCCAGAGGCCGAGCGAGCGUGGCUUUCCCUGGGCCAAUAAACGUAGGGGAGGGGCCACGUUAUGCGUCGGCCAAUGGCUAGGAAGGAGCCCGCCUCCUUGACGGACCCCGGAAGUGCUUUGGCUUCCACGGAGGGUGGGUGUACCUGAGCGGUAGCAGGCAGCAACUUCUGAUCCUCUCUUUCUCGCUUCGUGCCUGGCGCUGUCGUCAUGGUGCGCAAGCUUAAGUUCCACGAGCAGAAGCUCCUGAAGAAGGUCGACUUCCUGAACUGGGAGACCACAGAUCACAACCUGCAUGAGCUGCGCGUGCUGCGGCGCUACCGGCUGGAGCGCCGGGAGGACUACACACGCUACAACCGGCUGAGCCGCACCGUGCGGGACCUGGCGCGGCGCCUGCGCGACCUGCCCGAGAACGACCCCUUCCGUGUUCAAGCCUCGGCGGCGCUGCUCUCCAAGCUGUACGCUAUGGGGCUCGUGCCCACGCAGUCGUCCCUGCAGCUGUGCGACUCGGUUACCGCGUCGUCUUUCUGCCGCCGCCGGCUGCCCGUCGUGCUAGUAAAGUUGCGCAUGGCCCAGCACCUUCGCGCCGCUGUCACCUUCGUGGAGCAGGGCCACGUGCGCGUGGGCCCGCACGUGGUCACCGACCCCGCCUGCCUGGUCACGCGCGCCAUGGAGGACUUCAUCACCUGGGUGGACUCCUCCAAGAUCAAGCGGCACGUGCUCAACUACAGCAAUGAGCGCGACGACUUCGACCUGGAUGCCUAGGCCCCUUCCCCACUAUGCUUUUGGGGACCACCCUGGGGUGCAGAAGCUGCUGAAAAAGAGACUUUGAGCAAAGUAUACCCUUCAUUUUCACUUGAUGUGACUGGUGGGGGUGCAGUCUGCAAGAAUCCGCUCCAGAAAAACAGCAAAAGGACUUUAACAUUUCCUUAAUAAAGAGGGCCUGGAUGACCUGA